CACUGCGCACAGCCCACCACCCACUGCUCACCGCUGCGAGUCGAGCCCCAGCCCACCCCAUUCCGGCAGGUGGUUGGUGAGCGUCCUGUACUGCGUCCCUGGCCCUCCGCUGGUAUGGUUCGGCAGGGCGACUGGGAGCUGCAGGUGAUCCUCAACGGCGAGGCGCAGCCGGAGCAUGUCAUCGAUGGGCAUCACAUCGUCGAGGCGCGGCCGGGCGCCAAGUUCUCGAUCGAGGUCACGUUCCACGGUGAGGGCACGUGUGCGUUCGACGUCGAGCUCGACGGCAAGAAGGUGGAUGCCAUGCACGCUGUCGACACCACCGGCCAGGCUCCCAGGAUGGCCGGUCGCAAGCACAUCUAUGCCGGCUUUGUGAAGCGCAACGAGGGGCAGGCGAUCACGUCCGAAUUUCAGUACUCCCACACUCGCGUGGAGGAGGGCGAGGGCGGCGGCGAGGGCGCGGGGAGCGGCAUCGCCUCUGCGCCCGUCGACUGGUCGCGCGGCAUCAUCACGCUGCGCGUGCGGCAGGGCUAUGCUUUUGAGGUGAAGCAAGACCAGCACGGCAUUUCACACCAGCCCGACCUCGCUGGCCCUCGCGCCUCUGCCUCCGAGCGCGACAUGGUCAAGGGAGGGCACUCGGCGACCGCCGCCGCGUCGAGCUCGAAGGCUUUCGGCAGCAACGGCCAGUGGAAAGCGGGCGAGUGGUGUGUCGGCCCCGUCCAGGGGGCGCCGGAGCUGGCCGAGCUGACUCUGAAUUACCGCGACUCCUUCUUCCUCCUGCUCAAGGGCGACAAGGCCAAGCUGCUCGACCCGGACCCCUGCUCCACCGAGGGCUGCUCCGACGGCGUCGCAAAGGCUCGCGCCAACGCCCGCCGCAUCGUCGACGCAGAGGAGCGCAUGCGGAAGAUCCCAAAGGGGCCUCCUGUCUCCAUCGACCUUACUGGAUCCGACGAGGAGGAGGUGGAGCCGACACCCCUCGACUAGAGGCGGUCUGCUCGGCCGGGCCUUCUCGCUCUCGCCCGCAGCUCGUGAAGGCCACGCGCUUCCAUACGUGGCUGGGUCAUCGUGGUGCGGGGGCGCUUGCACAACGGAUGUCGCUCGCCGACACGUCGCGCGUUACGUUCUGUUCCUCUGAAUAUGGCGGUUUGUCUGAUACUAUUCGUUCUCUGCCCCGGGGAGAUUGCGCCGCUCUCGUCUCUCGAGCGUCGAGGUCACGUUGUCUCUUGGACUUUUGGACUUUUACGCAGAGAGCUUUUGUUUUAGCUUUUACGUGUUUUGGCGAGAACUUGUC